CAUCACAGAAUUAAUAAUAAUAAUUAACUGAGCAGAAUCAAAUACUAAUGUAUUUAGUAUUGAAAUGAAAAUAACAUUGAAAGAAGUUAAACAUUUCUGCAAUCUCAGUUAUUGACUGACUGGCUGCUUUAUUUUGCAGGUCCGUGUUGUCCUUCAGAAACUACCAAAUAGCCACUUGGGCUCUGAGAGACAAGUUGUUGGGGCUAAAUGAUAAGACAGGCAAAUCAAAGCCAGUAAAACAGAAAUUCACAAAGCACAGUAAAACUAGAAUCGCUGUUGAGCCGAGCACGGAAAACCAAUCUGAUGUCGUCGUAGAAGACAACAGAAGUUCAUCCACUUCUUGUGACAUUAAGCAGAACAACACCCCAAAACACAAGUGUAACUCUUGUGGCCGUUGUUUUAAUCGGUCGUACGAUUUGAAGAGACACAGUUUAGUUCAUUUAAAUAUGGAAGACCUGGAGACCAUUGGAAGUAAUAACAUUAACGAGCUGGAAUCUAGAUCUAUUGUAACAUUCACGUGUGAGGUGUGUUCUCGAGUGUUCAAGGUGAAGGACAGUUACGAGAGACAUAAGAGGAUUCACACAGGAGAACGUCCUUACCAGUGUGCCGAGUGUAGUAAACGCUUCCGGGACUCGGGUGCAUUGAACCGUCACGUGAAGGAAGUGCACACCAAGGUGCGCAACCACCGGUGUGACCUUUGCAGCAAGUGGUUUGUGAACCGUGCGACCUUGGAGGAUCAUCACCGAAGUCACACAGGCGAGCGUCCCUACAUCUGCCAUCAGUGUGGACGCAUGUUUAAGUCCAAAGCAGCGCUCUAUCAGCAUGGCAAGACCCACUCCGACCACCUGCCCCACGUCUGUGUGUACUGUGGCAAGUGUUUUCGCCGUCGUCAAGAGCUCGUUUUGCACAUACCGACCCACACCAAUGAGAAAACGCACAUAUGCGAGAAGUGUGGUAAAGGUUUUAGCACAAGAAGUGAACUGCAGAGACACAUUGUGGUCCACUCAGACGAAAAACCUUUUUCGUGCAUCUCUUGUGGUCUGAGCUUCAGCCAGAAGAGGUAUUUGAAAAAUCAUGUGAAAUCUCGACACGGGAGAAACCGAAGAGAUGGUCACCUCUGGGACCAUUCCAGUGGAAAACAUGGGAUUUGGAUAGUAGAGAAUAUUUUAAAUCUUGAAUAUCCAUCACGUUCUUCAAAUGUUCUUCAGAAAUAGGUGAUGAAUUUGUUCUCAUCAGGAAUAAAACAUUCAAUGGUGUUUGGAACCAUUCAGAGCAUACCACCAAACACAAAUUGCUGUAAGGAUGCAACAAUGGGUGACCAAUGGCCCCGUGUUUUGUAUGUUUUGUGGACAGAUGAAAGAGAGCCAAUCAAUGAUGAUCAAACAUUUCUCCGUAGAUCAUAAGAUACAGUGUGGCCACUGCCGUGCGUGUUUCACCAGCAAACAACAGCUGGCCGUCCAUAUGGCACUCCACAAUAGCAAAGAGACAUCCAAGACUGAUCACUUUGUUGGCCAAAAACUUGAAGGUGACCAAAAAAGGAAGAACACCUGUGGCACGAAUAAAGACACAAAAGAUUCACAAUUUGUAUCUAGUGAGGAUUGUAGGGCAACAAAACUUAAAUCACGCUGCAGAAAGCAACUCGGAAGAAAGCAGGUUUGUAGCACUACUUUGCCCAGAAAGAAUCGAAGCAAAACUCGAUUUCAUUGUGAUAAAUGCCCAUUAUUAUUUUCUAGACGAGUUGACUUGACAAAACAUCUCUGUACGGAAACAUUAAAUUUAGUAAUCAAUAAAAAUGGAAGCACCUCAAACAAAUUUUCACAUACGAAUAAAUUAGACAAGGUAUUACAUGGAGUGUCAGAAGAUUUUUUGGAUGAGAAAAGCAGAUCAGACAUUGAAGAUGAUAUGAAUUUGAUGAAUUACAGUGACGAUUCUGUAAAGAGUGAAGAUAUCAGUCGUCAUCUCGAUGUUAAACCUCAGUUUUCUGUCCAACCUAUGUCUGAAUUAAUUUCUUCAGGUCAACUAUAUUCUUGCUCAAUGUGUGAUUUUGCAUGUACAAAAAAGACAGAAUUAACUGCUCAUCGACUUAAAGAACAUGGAACUGAAAUUAAAAAACUUCAAGGAACUCCUUUGAAAAAUGUUUCAGUCGGUUUGUUUCCAUGUACUCUAUGCAGUAAUUCAUACUCUAGGAAUUCAGACUUAAUGAGGCAUGUUCUCAAAAAGCACGGUGGUGAAAAGUUGUCUAGAAGAUGUGUUGAUUCCGUAGAUGACAUGGAUGUAGAACUCAUCAAUAAAGCAAAAGAAG